AGUGUCUCAGAAACUGAAAGACAACAACAUACGAGAGAAUUAAACGAGGAAACAGUUGAGAGGUAGAUUUCGCGUUUCAUCGCCUUCUUCACUUCUCCAGAGCUUAAUAAAAGAGUAAGAAAGUAUCCUUUCUUUUCCCUGUUGAAAACCAGGGUCUCAUCCUGCAAACCUCUUGCUCGUUAUAACUCUUUCCUCUGCCCAAACGUCUUGAUUCAUGAAUGGAGAUUGGAGAUAGUAUCUAGACUGGAAAAGAAAAGAUACGGAGCCCUUUAGGCCUGUUUAGUCAUUAGUGUACGCAAGAAGCGAACUUUGUGUGUGGGCAAUUCCAUUUUUCGAGUUCACUUGCUCAAAAAGUUGAUGUGUUUUGUCUUUGCCUUUGCUAGUAGAGCCCAUUGUAUUGUCUCAAACAGAUUAAAGGGUGCAUUUAUUGGUGGAUAGCCAUAGAUUGGAAGAGUGGUGAAAGAAAGAUCUCUGCUGGUGAAAAUUGUUGAAGGGCAUUUACUACUUUCCUGGCUGGUCUCUGACUGACCUUGGAAAACAACUUUCUGAGAAGUAGUGACCGCCGACUGAAAUCUGUACAAAUAAUACAGCACUGACCUCUGCCACUGUCCUAGAAAAAGCUGUAUUUACAGGACUUAUUUGGCCUAAAGUGGUGAUACACCCCUCCAAGAGCUGAAGAGUUUCAGAGAAGGGAAAAAGCAAUGGUGCCACAGAAACAAGCUGAAGAAGCUAUUGUCGCUGGGGACGCAAGUGUGAAUGACGGAACUGACGGAGGAGAGGAAGGAAGAGUAGAUCAUGAGCCUAUCCAUAGGUUCAAAAGCUUAUUCUGGCAUGGAGGCUCUGUUUAUGAUGCUUGGUUCAGCUGCGCCUCAAAUCAGGUGGCACAGGUUCUAUUGACUUUGCCAUACUCUUUCUCCCAACUGGGAAUGCUUUCAGGAGUAAUUCUGCAGGUAUUUUAUGGUUUGUUAGGCAGCUGGACUGCUUAUCUGAUCAGUGUCCUCUAUGUUGAGUACCGGACCAGAAAGGAGAAGGAGAAUGUCAGCUUCAAAAACCAUGUUAUUCAGUGGUACGAGGUGUUGGAUGGUUUAUUGGGUCCACAAUGGAAAGCUGUUGGAUUAGCUUUUAAUUGCACUUUCCUCCUGUUUGGUUCUGUUAUACAGCUUAUAGCUUGUGCAAGCAAUAUAUAUUACAUUAAUGAUCGAUUGGACAAGAGAACAUGGACAUACAUAUUUGGGGCGUGUUGUGCAACUACCGUGUUCAUCCCCUCGUUUCACAACUACAGGAUUUGGUCAUUUUUGGGUCUGGGCAUGACCACUUUUACUGCAUGGUACCUGGCUAUUGCGGCCCUUAUUCAUGGCCAGGUUGAUGGGGUAAAACAUUCUGGCCCAACAAAACUGGUAUUGUAUUUUACUGGUGCCACCAACGUACUUUACACUUUCGGUGGUCAUGCUGUCACUGUGGAGAUCAUGCAUGCAAUGUGGAAGCCGCGGAAAUUCAAGUACGUGUAUCUGUUUGCGACCAUCUACGUCUUCACACUAACAAUUCCAUCGGCUGCUGCUGUUUAUUGGGCCUUCGGUGACCAGCUCCUUGACCAUGCAAAUGCCUUCUCACUACUUCCUCGCACUGGUUUUCGUGAUGCAGCUGUUAUUCUAAUGCUAAUCCAUCAGUUCAUAACAUUUGGAUUUGCUUGCACCCCUCUGUAUUUUGUGUGGGAAAAAGUGGUAAGGAUGCACGACACAAAAAGCAUAUGUUUAAGGGCAUUGGUCAGGAUACCGGUGGUAAUACCAAUUUGGUUCCUGGCCAUAAUAUUUCCCUUCUUUGGGCCAAUCAAUUCAGCUGUGGGAGCACUUUUAGUCAGCUUCACCGUCUACAUUAUCCCUUCUCUUGCACAUAUGCUUACUUACCGAAAGGCCUCAGCGCGGCAGGUUGGUUCGAUGAGAAUUGAUGCCGCAUUGGAUUCUAUGCGUCCGAUGGGGUUCCCGGAUGAUGUUGUUCGCAAAUCCAUCAAAGACUUGCUCAAGGUUUAUGGGGAGGAUGGAUGGAUUUUCAUUGAGGAGGCUUCUUACAAGCUCCUCAUUGAAACGAUUAUUGAAGGACAGCAAGAAGGCAGAGCAGGAAGAGAUGAUGGAAGUGGGAGUGGUGAAAAAUCUGGAUCACUAGAAGAGAUGUGUGAUAAGGAAGAGCGCUGCCAGGAACAAAAGUGUCUACCAGUGGAGAUUGAUGCUGAGAAAAGUCCAAGCAAAAAUUCUCAGACCCACCAUCACUUCAUUUCCAAGGAUGACUCUGGGCAACCUCAACUCGGUCCACCGGUGGACUUUGCUCCAACUUACUCUCCCAUGGACUGUGUACUGACUAACCAAACACAAAAACCAUCUUGUGGAUGGCUCGAUGCUGAUGAUGAGGAAGAUUAGUUUCUAUCGCUGCCUCCUGAUAUCUCUAACCCAAACUGAUGUUACUAGUUAACUACUACGCAAACUUUAGAUAUUGGUGGUUAUAGAUGCGCUAAUUACUGGCGCACCAUCAUCUACAGCUGUAAAUAUGACAUCUUGCACCAGAAGUGCAGAAGUAAGUAGCUGCUCAUGUUUCCUUAAGUAGCUGCUUAUGUUUCUUUCUCCUUUGGGUUAGCCAGCAUCUUAUCAAGUUGAUGUCAAAUUCCCACAUGCACAGUUGUGAAUUUCCUGUUUCCUUUUCAACUACUUAAUAAAUUUCGUUGCAGUGUAGCAAAACAGCAUCUUGAAUCAGGCCAUGGAAAUAGGAUUUGGAGUAGGUUGGGCCAAAUGCAGCCCCAGUACAACGUAAAAAUUUGCAAUAUUUCUUUAUGCAGCGGCUUAUUGGACAUGUUAUAAUCCUGGAUUACAUACGUGGUUGGUUAAGUCUCUCGUUCCCCCGCGGACCAUAGGUACUUGGCAGAGCCCCAAAGGUAAUUUUGUUGGAGAUUACACUUUCCUGAUUACGAUGUUAAAAACUAGGAGGCAAAUAGUAAACGACGCUGGGCAUAUGCUUUGAAGCUUUUCAUAUUGUACUUGUCAUGUAUAUAAUCUAGGCAUCUUGUUUUCCCCUUUUGCUCCCCACUAGAGCUAUUUAAUGCAGGGAAAAUUUUUUUGCCAAUGGUUACUGUGAAGAUCACCACCACUGUCUUCUUAUUUAGAGGGGUGAAAACAAGGAAGAAGCUGAAACGAAAUACAUCACCUAGUACUCCUUCAAGGAAAAAGAGAAACUACGAAGAAAACGUGCUUGGCACAAAAAGGAAAAAGAAGGGACCAGAAGUUUUAUCAAUUCUUUGUCCUUUUGUAAAAAGUGAAGUGAGCUAAUUUUAUUCCAUAUAAGAAGGAUAUGAAGUUGGAUCAACUCUUUCUUGCUUCUCAUUUGUGGCUGGAGAAGAAUUAGCAUGUUGGCCCUCUAGGAUUUGUGAUGCCAGCUGAUACACAUAACCUUUGUGAAUUCAGCAAAUGCUUUGUUGUUAGAAUUCGAAAAUAAGUGCAAAUUUAUACUGAAAGUAAAAUAUUUGGAUGUGAGCGAAACUCUAAAA